AUGCAUGUAUUGAUCAAAUCAAGCGCUUUGAGGACUGUUUGCAGAAGUAAUAGUUGGUUGAUAUCCAGCAAAUGUCUUCACAGCAGCCAUGGUGUGCGGCCCAAGACAUGGCUCAUGAGUUCGCAAUGGAUUCGCAAUUCAUUCAUCGAUUACUUCGUGUCUCGAGAGAGUCACGUGAGGGUGGGGUCGAGUCCAGUGGUGGCCCACAACGACCCCUCACUCCUCUUCAUCAGCGCCGGUAUGAAUCAAUUCAAACCCAUAUUUCUGGACACACUAUCGCCAACUGAUCCCAUGAAUGGAUACGUGCGGUGCGUGAACUCCCAGAAGUGCAUCCGUGUCGGUGGUAAGCACUGCGAUCUCAGUGCCGUUGGAACCGAUGGCAGACACCACACAUUCUUCGAGAUGUUGGGCAACUGGUCUUUCGGUGACUAUUAUAAAAAAGAGUCGUGUCGUAUGGCAUGGGAUCUGUUGACUGAAGUCUUCAAAUUAGAUGUCAACCGAUUGGUUGUCACAUACUUUGGUGGAGACAAACGCUUGGGUUUAGAACCAGACCUCGAAACCCGUGAUAUUUGGCUUCAAAUUGGAUUACCUGAAGACCGAGUCAUACCUUUGGGAUCAAAGGAGAACUUCUGGGAAAUGGGGGAAACGGGUCCGUGCGGUAUAUGCACUGAAAUACACUACUUAUUAGAGCCCACGAUAUCGUCAAACUCAGAGCACUUAAUGAGAAAUUGUAUUGAGAUCUGGAAUAUUGUUUUCAUUCAAUUCAAUAAAAAUUCAAACGGAAGACUAGAAACACUUCAUAAGCAUUUCGUUGACACCGGAAUGGGUUUAGAAAGGAUUGUAUCAGUGGUUCAAAAUGUGAAAUCCAAUUACGAGACCGACCUCUUCCUGCCUUACUUUCAAUGCAUACAAAAUAAUAGUCACAGCAAACCGAAUGGUCAUCAGACUGACGAUCCACUGGACAUAUCGUAUCGCAUUCUCGCAGAUCACUCACGAAUGUUCACAAUAGCUAUUAGUGAUGGCCUUAAGACCGGUUAUAGGGGAACGGGAUUUAUAUUAAGGAAAAUUAUUAGGAAAUCUAUUGGAAUCGCUGCCAAUGAUUUCGGUAUUUCUAGUCCGCGUCAGCUUUUGACUCAACUUUCGGCCAUAACUGUAGACCUGUUGGGCGACGCCUUCCCUGAAUUGAUAUUAAAUCAGAAAACUGUUGGCGAAGUACUGAAUGAAGAGAUCGAGAAAUAUGAAUCCGUGGUCUCUGAUAAUAAACGUCUUGUCAAAGCGUUUACUCGAAUAGAUAUUAAAACAAAAGGUGACCCAAACAUGGCAUUUAAGAUAGGAUUAGACCAUUUGGGACACAAACCCACUGCUCUUUUCCACACGUCUGCCAAUGGGAAGGAAUUCUAUAUUCAAACAACAGUUCCCAAUAAAUACCAGAAGUUUCUGAAAGCAAAUGAAUGGUUGUCUCAUAUAUCAGACAAAUUGCAAACUUUUCAACUCUUGUCAAAUAAACGUAAGGAUAAGAUGUCUUCAUUAAAGUGCACAUCAAUGGAUCAAAUGGAUGAAGCGAUCACUUGUGCCAAACAUAUCGCUGACCAAUACUUUAAACACAACUGA